UAAAGUGCAGGAUACGACCACGUACACGUGAGCACACUGUAACAGAGCCCGGACUUGUUCUUACAAAAUAAACCGGAUUUGAUAACGAAGUGAUACGUCCGGAACUUUUUGUGUAGUAGUAAUUGAAGAGGAUUAGCUCCUUGAUGCCGGUUUUCGGUCAAGAAAAAGCGCCCAAGAGGAAGAAGAAAGAAGAAAGUAGAGAGAGAAAGUCGCCGCCGUGUAGUUUCUCUCUCUAAAAACCCUAAUUGAUUCAGCUAAUCCAUAUCAAUAUUUGUUUGGACAUUGGAUUGCUUUGUUUGGUUGAUUAAUUGGAGAGUUCAACGACGGAGUAAAGAUGGAUUUGGUUGCUAGCUGCAAGGAUAAGUUGGCAUAUUUUCGGAUAAAGGAGCUCAAAGAUGUUCUGACUCAACUUAGUCUCUCGAAGCAAGGGAAGAAGCAGGACCUUGUUGAUCGCAUAUUAGCUACACUCUCUGAUGAACGAGUUUCAGGAAUGUGGCCAAAGAAAAACAGUGUUGCGAAGGAAGAUGUUGCAAAACUUGUUGAUGACAUUUACAGAAAAAUGCAGGUAUCUGGGGCAACUGACCUAGCAUCGAAGUCACAAGUCGUCUCGGAUACCAGUAAUGUGAAGUUGAAGGAGGAAGUUGAUGACUCUUACCAUAUGAAAAUUCGCUGUGUGUGUACAAGCUCGUUACAAACUGAAACAAUGAUUCAGUGUGAAAACAGAAGAUGUCUCACGUGGCAACAUAUUCGUUGUGUUGUCAUACCCGAUACGCCAAUGGAGGGUGGUGAUCCACCAAUUCCGCCUACAACUUUUUACUGUGAAUUGUGCAGACUGGUUCGCGCCGACCCUUUUUGGGUGACAAUGGGACACCCUUUAUAUCCCGCAAAGUUGGCCAUUACCAGCGUUCCUGCCGAUGGCACGAACCCUGUGCAGAGUAUUGAGAAAACAUUUCAGAUCACCAGAGCGGACAGAGACUUGUUGGCAAAACAGGAAAAUGAUCUCCAGGCUUGGUGCAUGCUUCUCAAUGACAAGGUACAAUUUAGGAUGCAGUGGCCUCAAUAUGCAGAUUUGCAGGUGAAUGGGGUUCCAGUGCGCGCGAUAAAUAGACCUGGCUCUCAAUUGCUCGGUGCUAAUGGUCGAGAUGAUGGCCCUAUAAUCACACCAUGCACCCGAGAUGGAAUCAACAAGAUCACAUUAACAGGAUGUGAUGCUCGUGUCUUUUGCUUAGGGGUCAGACUUGUGAAGCGGCGUACUGUUCAACAGGUUCUUGGUAUGAUUCCAAAGGAGUCAGAUGGUGAGCAAUUUGAAGACGCUCUUUCUCGCGUUCGUCGUUGUGUUGGUGGUGGGACGGCCACUGAAAAUGCUGAUAGUGAUAGUGAUCUGGAAGUGGUUGCUGAUUGUAUUCCUGUCAAUCUUCGGUGCCCUAUGAGUGGUUCAAGGAUGAAAGUUGCUGGUAGAUUCAAACCUUGUAUACACAUGGGCUGCUUUGAUCUUGACGUCUUUGUUGAAAUGAAUCAAAGGUCGAGGAAGUGGCAAUGCCCCAUCUGUCUCAAGAACUACUCUUUGGAGCAUGUCAUCAUAGAUCCGUAUUUCAAUCGAAUUACUUCUCAGAUGCGAAGUUGUGGAGAAGAUGUUACAGAAAUUGAAGUGAAACCUGAUGGUUCUUGGCGCGCAAAGACAGAAGGUGAUCGAAGGAGUCUUGGGGAUCUUGGGCGUUGGCAUUUACCUGAUGGGUCUCUGAGUGAAUCUCUAGAUAUAGAGUCAAAGCCUAAGCCUGAAAUUCUUAAGCAGGUUAAACAGGAAGGAGGCUCUGAUGGCAAUGGCCUUAAAGUUGGAUUGAAGAAGAACAGAAACGGAUUGUGGGAAAUCAGCAAACCUGAAGACCAAACAUUUUCAUCCGGAAAUAUAUCAAGAGAAAAUUUUGGUCAGGAUGUCAUUCCAAUGAGCAGCAGUGCCACUGGGAGUGGCAAAGAAGGUGAAGAUCCCAGCGUUAAUCAAGGUGGUAAUGGGAACCUUGACUUCUUGAACAAUGCGUUUGAUCUUGAGGCCAUCUCUCUUAAUAUUGACCCAACAUAUGGUUUUGGCAACGGAAAUCCGUCAGUACCAGCAGGAGAUGCUGAAGUUAUUGUACUAAGUGAUUCUGAAGAAGAAAAUGAGCCAAUUAUGCCAUCUGGAGCUAUCUUUAACAACCAUAGUGAUGCACCUGUAGUUUCUUUUCCAGCUCAGCCACAAGGAAUUCCGGAUUCUUUUCAUGAUUCUGCGCUUGUUAACGGUGGGAAUUCAGGCCUGGGGCGUAAUGAUGAGGAUUUUGGGAUGAACUCAAGGUGGCCCUUGACUUCUGGAACCCAAGGUGGCCCUGUUUUUCAGUUUUUGAGGUCUGAUGCUGAUGUUUCAGGAUCUUUAGUAGAUGUGCAGCAUGGUGCUAUUAACUGUACCAGUUCUAUCAGUGGGUAUGGUUUGGCUGGAGAUACUGGCAUUGGAUCUGCUUCUCUUUUUCCUGGAACAUACGCCGACCCCCCUAUUGCUAAUAUGAAUGACAGUUUAGUUGAUAAUCCCCUAGCAUUUAGUGGUAAUGAUCCCUCACUUCAGAUAUUUCUUCCUACUAGACCAUCAGAUAUGUCAGUGGAAGCUGCGAGGGAUCCGCCUGAUGUUUCAAAUGGCGUUGGUACUGAGGAUUGGAUCUCACUUAGGCUUGGUGGUGAUGGAGGGGUUGAUGGUGAUUCUGCAGUUGCAAAUGGGGUAAGCUCUGAGCAGCAAGUACAAACAAAAGACACUGCCUUGAACUCAUUGGCUGACACUGCUUCAUUGCUUCUUGGUAUGAAUGAGAGCAUAUCAACUAAGAGCAGUAGAGAACGAUCAGACAGUCCUUUUACAUUUCCUCGUCAACGUCGUUCUGUAAGACCAAGAUUGUAUUUAAGUAUUAAUUCGGAUUCUGAAUAGGAGCAGAUUGGUGGCAGAACAGUGAUCACUUUUGCUAAGCAAAGUAUGUGGAUGUGACCAGUUGAGCUCUUGCUAGUGAACACAUAUCAGGCAACAUGAAACUGUCCUCUUACAUCUGUGCUGGCACCGCAGGAGUUUUCUCUUAGUGGACCAAAUCACAUUUUUUCCUCUUCCAUUUCGCGGAUGAUUCCUUGGAAAGUGACUCGCUGGUGAACUGUACAUUUGGACAGCUUAGCUCAGGACAAAAAGUUCUAGUAACAUCCACUGGUUAAUCAACUCUGGAUAUAGCGGGGGAGGCAUUUUAGCCCUUCAAAAUCUCCUCUAGCCAUGUGUGAUGCCGGUAGCCUGUAAAUCAGUUUAAACUAAUUUAUAAAAUGUAGUAAAAUAUUUCUGAAUGUGUUAAUCGUUAGUGGACUUUUUAAGGCCUGGUUGUGCCUCGGGGCACACAAAGUGAGGAGGUUCAAUCUCCUGAAGUUUUGGUCCGGGGGAAGGUAGAUGAAAUAACGGUGGCACUUUCUUUGUUCCAGUCCAUGCAUUUGUAAUGAGAAGGGAAUGUGGAACCCACUAUAGAGUUGUAUGAUUGUGUCGAUAAGAAUGCAGAGAACUAUGCCCAA